UCCACGGUCAGCUGUUUGAAAACUUCAAAGUUUGUUUUUGAGUCAACAAAAUUAUUUCCUAAAGGAAAUACAGAUAAAUUAAAGCUGCAAUCUAUGAGCCUGGUUUACCGGCAAUUUGGAGCGUCCUUGAGGACCAUUUCCCGAAUUUUCCACCCACUCGUAGUACCACACAACACCCAAAAACUCAGGGCACCUCUGGAAAACAAGAGAUUUUACACCGGUAAAACAAUGGAUUUAAAGGAUCUGAAGUACCUAAAUCAACAGGAGGCCAUCGCCGUGGACCAGGAACUCUUCACGGAGUACAAGUUCAGCGUGGACCAGCUGAUGGAACUGGCGGGAUUGAGCUGUGCCCACGCGGUGGCCAAAUGCUUUCCGGCAGAAAAGCAUCCCCGGAUUCUGGUUUGCUGUGGUCCCGGAAAUAAUGGAGGAGACGGGCUGGUGGCCGCCAGACACCUUUCCCUGAUGGGCUACACACCCACCAUUUACUAUCCGAAACCCACACCCAAACCGCUGUUCGAGAACCUCAGCCACCAGUGCCGACUGAUGGAGAUCCUCAGCUUAACGGAGUGUCCUUCGGUGGAGAGUGCAUCCUGCAACUACGAUCUCAUCGUGGACGCCCUCUUUGGAUUCAGCUUCAAGCCACCGGUUCGAGCGGACUUCGCCGCCGUCGUGGAGCUGCUGCAGCAGACCAAACUCCCAAUUGCCAGUGUGGAUAUACCCAGCGGUUGGGACGUGGAGAAGGGAAAAGUGACUGAGUGCGACCUGGAACCGGCCCUGCUCAUCUCGUUGACUGCUCCGAAGCUUUGUGCCCGCCACUUCCGUGGCGAACAUCACUUUUUGGGCGGCAGAUUCGUACCGCCCGCACUGCAGCGCAAAUACGGACUGAAUCUUCCCGUCUAUCCGGGCAACGAACUGUGCGUCAAGCUGUGAUUUAUACAUUUAUACGAUUGCCAAAUAAAUAAUGGAAUCUUAAA